CCAGACGGUGGGUCAGUUCAACCGGCUGCUGGAGAAGGCGGUGCCGGUGUACCGCAGCCGGCGCGACUACCCGCGCCGAGCGGCCGUCACGCUCUAUUGGAGACGCGGAGACAACGCGGAAGAGUUUGCUCGCGCCGUCCUCCGUCCCUAUCGCGACGAGAGUCUGCGCAACCGCGGCGGCGAUCGCCGCGCCGUCAGCCUCAACAGCGUCUUCCGCAGCCACCACAGCGAGCCGGUCGGCGCCGGCGCCGGCAAACUGCGCGGCAAACAACGACCGCCAACGGCGACGGCGACGGCGACGCCGAUACCGUCGAGGGGCGAGGAGGAGGAGGCGGAGGAGGCGGCGGAAAAGGGGGAGGAGUUGAGAGGCGGAGUGAAGCCGGUCAGUCAGCUGGUCUUCUUCGAGAGUCUGCCCGAAGAGACGUCGCCGUUGCAGGCGACGGAAGCGCUCAGCUUCCAGCCGUCGUCGCGUGAUCUCGAUCCGCCCCCUCCGGUCGCCCAGCUCGACGCCGAACCCGAUCCGGCCUCGGGCUCAGGUUCGGGCUCGGGCUCGGGCGGUCAGUGGCCGGCGGUGGUGAGCGAGAUCGGCGAGGCCGAGCAGAUCGAGUUGCCCAAGAGCCUGGCCCGGCCGAACGUGCAGAGCGUUGCCGUGGAGAUGCGCGUGGAGGUGGGCCUGUCGGCCGAGAGUCCGUCGACUUGUCUGUUGCCGGUGCUGACGACGCAAUGGUCGACGGUCUCGCCGGAGAUGACGCAACAGCCGACGGUACAGACGGUGCGCACGGAGCACGGCCAGCCGGCCGCCCGCCUCUCCAAUUGUCCCACCGAGCAGAUGCUCGUCUCGAUGGUACAGUUGGCCGGCGAGCCGACCACCAGCCAACUGUUGCUGGUCAACACGCAGACCGGCAACGCCGUCGUCAGCCUCACCUACGCCGCCUGCAGCAUCCCGCAGAGCGCCGUCGCGCCGGCCUCGGCCACGGAAUCGCAUCACCUCCUCAAAGCGUCGACCAACUCGACGCAUUGGGAGGAGCAGAUUGUCGGCACCGACAUCUUGACCCAACAGAAGACCGACUCUGACGACGUCAACGUCAACGUCAACGUCAACGUCGACGUCGACGCAGAGACGAAUCAGGAGACGGGCGCCCGUACGUCGGAAACACAUCCGCAUCACGCCGUCAGCCAGACGUCGGCCUCCAUCGCCAGCCUCACCAACGCGCCGUCUUUCCUCGAUCUGCUGCCCUCGACGGGCCAGCAACAGACGGCCCCAUCGCCGACGCACAAACCGGCCGUCGCCCAGUCGCCCUCGAGUGAGCCGCUCGUCGCCGCCGGCCGUAGCCGCGACGCCAGCCGCAGUCCCAGUCGGUCAAACAGUCCCGUCAGCACCGGCGGCGUCAAGUCGACACGCGAAGAUAUUCGCUCGCCGAAACUGUCCAACUCGCCGGGCUCGGUCGCCUCACAGUCGCCCUCGCCCUCGCCCUCGCCCUCGCUCUCGCCCUCGCUGUCGCCCAAUCGCAACACGCCGCCGCCGCCCGAGCAGAUCCAAAUGUCGACUCCGACGGCGACGGUGACGGCGACGGCGACGGUGCGUCAGUUGAGCCGGUUGAGCGAAGAGCAAGUGAGCCAAGAGUGGGACGGUCAGCGGUACAUUCGAGAGGCCGGAGAGCCGGGCUUGUCGCGCAGCGUGUUCACGGUUGACUUGGUGCUGGAGCAGGGCUCGGAGUCGUGUCAGUUGGAGGACAUGCCGGACGCCGGAGUGCCCGAACAGAGCGUCGUCCACUCGAAAUGGACGACGGCUCCGGCGGGUCGUAGCGACGUGAUGGGCGAAGGUUGCACCCUCAUCGACCUCAAGUUCACGUCGCCGCCGCGCGUCGCCAACCGCGCCACCAACGAUCUGCCCUCCUACGACAUCGACAUUGUCCGACCCCUGUCGCCCGGUUCUCAAGUCACCAGCGUCAGUACCAGUUGCGAUAUCUUCGGAAAUCUGCAGCCGUUGCCACCGGUCACCGACGCCUACGCCUCGUUCUGCCCGCCGCAACGACCCAACUUCAUGUUCGACCUGCGUUGGCAUCGGAAACAACAGGCCUCGGUUACGCAGGACGACAACAACCCGUCCUGUUCGAUGGACAGUUGCGAGACCGGUUGGACGACCAAGAUCGAACUGAACGCUCAGUUCGGCCGAGUCGGCGUCGUCUCGUCGCCGGACGAUCUGGACGACCGACAGGUCAACUACAACCACCGUCUCGAAGCUCUGGCCGCGCUCGUCUGUCGUCAUCCAGCCUCGCGGCAGACACACCGGACACAGGAUGACAACCAAAACGCUCUGACGCCUGCC